UAAAAGGUGUGUGUGUGUGUGUUGUGUUGUGUUGUGUGUGUGUGUGUGUGUGUGUGUAAAUAGUUAAGAUUUAUAAAAACAAGUUUUCAGGAGCUUUAAAAUGUGUGCUCUGCUUUGCCACUAGAUGGCGUGUGUCUAACAAGGCUGGAUGGGAAACGAGUGUGUGUGUGUGUGUGAAGUGUCCCCAACAAAAGCCAAACACCACGUCACUGUGAUUUUCAAAGUGGUAUUAUUGAGGGGAAUUAUUAAGAAAUGUUUGAUUUCACAUUCCAGAAAGUUAUUAUAUUUCAAUAUCGUCUUCAUAGUUUAGUGCGUCCUAAAAUAACAUCAUGGGUCCAAAGUAAUUAAGCACUUUUUCCAGGUCAGUGGUCGUCUUGAGUGAUUUCCUCCUUGAUAUUAUGGGAUGGGAUUUAUACUUCUUUCUGAGCCCAUAAAAAGAUGAGCGUGACCACCUCUUUACCUCAGCAAUAAAAGAAUACAGCCUCCAGUGCAGUGUAAGCAAUGUCAGUGUGCAGAGUCCAACGGCUCGACCGGCUCGCUUUGUGGGAGAUGAUUGUCAAAGUCUCUCGCUCCAAGUUCAGACGAGCUACUGGUGUUCAGGGACGAUGCCGUCGGGGAAGACGGUCAAGUUCAUCCUGUAUGAGGUGCUGCAGUUCGCCGCCCUUAUCGUACCCAUCUUUGUGAUCAUGGAGAGGUUUGCCGGCCUCAUACGUGACGUGAGAGGACGGGAUCUGACGGCCUACUGGCUCGUGGUCGCCGCCUCUAUCGCCUACGUGACCUCUGUGACCCUGCUGGUGUGGGCUCCUCUGAAAUAUGUGAUCCUGAAGCAGCGGAGGUUUAUCUCAGAGAUCACACAGUGGAGACCAACGGCGCUGGCGUAUCUCAUCCUGUGUACACUCCCGUGCUUUGCAAUAUUAAUAGCCAGCUCCAAGGUGCAGGUGGACAGAGGACACAGGUUCGAAGGUUUCACUGAGUUGCCCGUUUCCCUGGUGCUUUUCUCCCUCAUCUGUGUGGAUAUCACAGAGAGGAUUCGCCCCUGCAGGCUCAUCGGACAUUACGGCCUGGAUGCUGACCUUGACAUGUCAGGCCCCGUCCUCGACAUGUCAUGCCCCGUCCUCACCCACCUGGAACAGGUGACCACAGUAACAGGCCAGCUGCACGCUGAUGGAGGCCAGAACGGUUUCACCCCGGGCCGCCCAGAGGCCUCAGGCAGACGGCAGGACAACACUGGCUCACCCAGCCGCUCAACACGCAGCACUGCCUACCUGUACUCGUCACCCUCACGUGGACGAUCCUACUCUGGUCCUCUAGGCUUCCUGUGGAGGCGGGACAUAAGAGCUGAGGUGUUCGUGGAUUGUUUCUUGUUCUGGUUGGACACGGUGGAGAUGGUGAGAGUGGCAGGAGAGCCGGAAGUCUUCUACUCGGUCUGGGUGUUCCCCGUCUACAUCCUCGCCUUCAUGUCUACUCUCCGCAUGAUCAUCACUCCUCACAACCCUCUGUUGUCUUCGGCUGGAGUUGCUCUGCAGGACCUUCCUUUCCUCAUCAUCCGAGUCGCUCUGAUAGUCGUGUUUGGUUUUGUAACUCCUGUGUUGUACCCGUUGAAAAAUGUGCUGGUGUGCCUGACCUUCAUCUACUUUACAUUCCUGACUAAGCUGAAGAUCUUCAGAAGGCAGAGCAUGUUUUGAGGAGGAGUGGCACGUUAUGUUGUUCAUAAGAGAUCUGCUUUGAUUGUGGAUGGGUGAACAGUUGGUGUGUGUGUGUGUGUGUGUGUGUGUGUGU